AUGCCUCCCACUUCCAGCGGUACCGGUUACUCCAAGCUUGCAAUUGCAACCAAGGCCGGUGCUGGAAGCGCUGGAAGCUCGGGCGCUCGGCCUCCAGUUGCGAACAAGCCUUCCUUCCUAGGUGGUAGUGGUGGCGCUAGCUCAAAUCUGGCUUCAAAGCGUGGUACGGAGGACCUGGACUUCUUCAUCGGCGAUGAAGCACUGGCUGCUGGAAAUGGCCCGGAUACGAUCGAGAACUGGGAUUACAUGGAACGCUUCUGGUCCAAUUCGAUUUUCAAAUACCUUCGUGUUGAGCCCGAAGACCAUUACUUCCUUCUCACUGAACCGCCACUCAACCCUCCCGAGAACCGUGAAAACACCGCGGAGAUCAUGUUCGAAUCUUUCAACUGCGCUGGUCUUUACAUUGCCGUCCAAGCCGUGCUCGCCCUCGCUGCCUCGUGGACCUCGUCGAAGGUGACCGAUCGCUCGCUCACCGGAACCGUUAUCGACUCUGGUGAUGGUGUCACCCACGUUAUUCCUGUGGCCGAGGGUUAUGUUAUUGGGUCCUCCAUUAAGAGCAUUCCCAUUGCUGGUCGAGAUAUCACAUAUUUCGUGCAGAGUCUUCUGCGUGACCGUGGCGAGCCAGACAGCAGCUUGAAGACCGCCGAGAAGGUGAAGGAAGAGUACUGCUACGUGAGCCCCGAUAUUGUGAAGGAAUUCGCUCGGUACGAUCGUGAGCCCGACCGUUUCCUCAAGCACACCGUGACUUCGCCCAAUGGCCGCAGCAUCUUCUUCAACCCCGAGAUCUAUUCAUCCGAUUUCCUGACCCCUCUCCCUAACGUCGUGGAUGGUGUUAUCCAAUCAUCGCCAAUUGAUGUGCGAAGAGGUCUCUAUAAGAACAUCGUCUUGUCUGGCGGUUCCACCCUGUACAAGGACUUUGGCCGUCGUCUGCAGCGUGAUAUCCGCCACCUGGUGGACGCUCGUAUUCGGGCAUCCGAGGCUCGGAGCGGUGGUGCUCGCAGCGGUGGUCUAGAUGUUGCAGUUGUUACACACAAGCGCCAGCGCCACGGUCCCUGGUUCGGAGGCAGCUUACUGGGUCAGACGCCUGAGUUCCGGAGCUACUGCCACACCAAGGCUGAGUACGACGAGAUAGGUCCCAGCAUUGUACGGAGGUUUGCUCUGCUUGGUGGUCCUGGAAGCACUUAG